UACCCUUGCUAAUAUAUAAACCAAACUCUUUAGAGUAUUAUGUUCCUUGAUAUAAACAAAUACAACAAAUCAGAAUAUAUUUGUUAUAUUUCUUAAUUUUGAUUAUAUAAGUUAUUUUAUCUUAAUAUAUUUUGAAAAACAAAUUUCAUGUAAUAAAUAGAAUAUAUUUGCAUAUUUAGUUUUCAGUUUAAUUUCAUAUUAUCAUAAAUGGUUAUACAUUAAAAAAAUUUCAGGUUACUUAUUUAACUUUUAUUCAGUCAGUUAUGAUGACUGUUGAUAAUAUAUUCGAAAACUUAAAUAAAUUAACUCAUGAAGAUGGACAACGAGAAUAUUUGGCUGUUUUAUUUACUCAUGUAAAUGAAGAGACUAAUGGAAUUAUUGACAACCAAAAAAACAGCUAUGAUCGUCAAAGAGUAUUCAUUCAAAAAAUUAUGAAGGAAAUUGAUGACUUAUCAAAAGAAGUCAUUAGAGAUGAUACCAUACUUAUUAGUGUCAAAAACCAAAAAUUGCUGAGGACAUCUUAUCAAUUAGUAACAUCCCUAGGUAUUACACCAAGCUUAAUACCAGGUUUGGGCAUCAACUUGUCAAAACGAUGCACAUCUUCAACAAUGUUGCCUAGACUACUGUUAAAUGAUGAGCAAAAAUAUGAAAUGUUGACAGAGUGUGCAAAUUUCUUUUCGAGAAGUUAUAAAAUACCUGUUUUAAAGAGUAUUAUCAUAUCAUUACAUUUAUCUGACUAUUUGGCUGCUUUAAUACAGUUGGCCUUUGCUCCUCUGAAGAAACCUGGCACAUACACCAACUUUGCAAUGACAGAAGAUAGAUAUAAAACUCUCAUGAUAGACAGGCAAAAAUAUGUACAAAUAUAUGAACAUUUAGUAUACAAUUGCUUCCAACCAACACUAAUGAAAGAAUUAUUGGUAUUGCAAAGUGUAAAAGAUCCAGCUCCUCCUACAUUUAUUAGAAAAAUAAUAGCAAAAGAAAUGAGCAGAAGGCUUUUGGUACCUGGUGGAUUGUUAAGUCUAAUUAGAUGUUUUAUUGAAAGCUACAGUAUUGAUACAGGAUUUGAAUGGAAAAAAGUUGAUAUGAUUUCAAAAAUAGUCACUAGUAAACAUGGUUCAGGUACAGAAGAAAACUAUUUGGACAAUAUCUGUAACCAAAUAAUGCAAAUAUUGUCUCUGAAUAAUACUCAUUAUAUAAGGACUGCAACAGCAUGUGCUUUGAGUUUGAAACAAAAAUACCCAGAAUCCAUACAAGUAAACAUAUUAAUAAAAGAAAUAUUCAAUGUUUUUGAUUAUGACUAUUUGGUCUCUAAAUCUAAUUUACCUGGUACUAUAUUAUUAUCAUCUCAGGAAAUUGAACACAAAGUAAAUGUUCUGUAUGCAUCUCUUUGUACAACUAGGCUAGAUUGCUCAAGUUCAUUGUUACUACCAAAUCUUUAUGUUCUUUUCUUACUUGGAAUUAAUAAUACUAAAAAUGAAGAAUUAGCUGUGAAAUUAAAAGAUAUAAUAUUAAAAUCUCUUGAGCAGUUAAAUAAAAAUGAAAUAAUAUUAUUAAUCCAGAAAUUUUUAUUUGGAAAGAAUGAUGCUUUAAUACUUAUCGAAGAAUAUGAUGCAGGUCUUGUUUUAAAAUAUGUGACUUCACAAAAAGAAUAUCCAAAAGAAGAUACAAUAAUUUAUUUUCUAAAUAUUUUAAAGGCUUCAUCUGAAGAUAGAUUUGUUCAAUGUGUAUUUGAAAUAUCUUUGGAGCUACUAAUAGAAAUAAAUUUAAAAAGGCAAACAAAACCUAAUCAAGAUUUGUUAAGCCUAGAAGAUGAUGUUAUCCUUCUAGAUAACAUUGAUGCAAAGUACUCCAUUGUUCUUCAGCUGCUCUCAGAAAUAUCUACAUUACCAAAAAUCAUUUCAUCUUUAAAAACAAAUCCAGUUGUAGUAUUACACUUUAUAGAACAUUUUAUAGUAGAAAAUCAAGAUUCUUCAAAUGAUGAAUGUAUUACUAUUGCAUUGAUUUUACUAAAUACUAUAUUGUCAAAUUCUAACAAAACAAAAGAAUUGGACAAAACACUUAAUGGAUUAAUUCCAGUAUUAAAAGCUAUGUCUGUUAAAACAGCAAGUUAUAAUAAUAUUUUGUGUGAAGAAGCAAUUUCCUUGCUUACAUCUAAAGAUGUGAUUAAAUCUGAAACAGAAUUUGGAAAAGCAAUGACUGAUGUCUUUGAUGACCUACUGCCAGUAAGAACUCAUGGUGUGAUUGCGCUAACUAAAUUGAUUGAAGCUAAUGAUCCAGAAACAAUUUCAAAGAAAUAUUAUCUAUUUUGUCUUUUCCAGGAGUACCUCAAAGACUCUGAUUCCUAUGUAUACUUGUAUGCUAUCAAUGGAAUUGCUUCACUUGGCACUUAUUGCACUGAAGAUGUGUUACAUGUUCUGUGUAGAGAGUUCCUUGAGAUAUCAUGUGACAAUAAUCUUCAAGAUAAAGCCAAUCAAAAUAAAGUUGCGGAGAUGAGAAUGAAGAUUGGAGAUAUCAUAGUAAAAGUAAUUAAAAAACUUGGUGAUAUGGCAAUAGUGUACAAAACAUUAUUGCUGAACACAGUGCUAUGUGGUUGCAGAGAUGAUGAUCCAUUAAUUAGAACAUCUGCACUGUCAAACUUGGCAGAAAUUGCUUUAAUGUUGCAUUACAAAAUUGGAUCCAUUAUUUAUGAGGUAUUACACUGUAUUUGGUGUAUAUUAGAAACCGACAAAGCAGUAGAAUGCAGGCGGGCGGCCGUAAUGGUAAUAGGAAGCUUACUCAAAGGACUAGGUAAAGAAGUAUUGAUAGAACUCAAAGAAACUCUACUACCUAUAUAUAGAACUUUAAAGAGCCUAUACAGAGAUAAUAAUGAAGACCAAGUACUCCGACUCCAUGCUCAGUUAGCACUAGAAGAACUGAAUGACAUAGUCAAAGAAUUCCUUUUUCCUGAAGUAAAAUUAAAUAAAAAAAUUUUUGUUCUAGAUUCAAAUACCUAAACUUCUCUGUAUGUAUAUUGUAUAUGUAAAUAUAACGAAUUAAACCCUUUUCAAAUGAUAUAUGUA